GUUUGGGAUUCUGAUUCGCGAGCAUGGCCCGUCGGAGGAACCAACCCCGCUCUUCGGCGCUAUCCGAGGACCACGGGCAUGCUGAACAGGGCUGUUUGGGGCGAACUUCAGUUGUCAAGCGUCACUUGUUCCACCUCAGGACCUCGCUCUCUAAUCUGUACUUACUUAUCGUCCCAUGAGGCUCAUUUCAGCCAGAUGUCAGUCAGCAUGGGCUUUGGCAGCAGCGUGGCCGCUCUCCUAGAGAUAUACUCGAACUGCAUAACUCUCCUGAAGACGUCCGAGAACCAGGCUAGAGACGGCAGCAACGGUCCGCGGAGCCACGACCAGCAGUCGCAGCUGCGCCGCUCGCUACGAUCCAACCGUGCGCAAGUGCGUCGCGCGUAUUCUUCAGGGGUCUCCGAGUCGGGAAGCCGCUUUGAGAAGGGCGACGCUCGCGCAAAGUCGGCUCUGAGCCGUGUGCUCAAGAAACUGAGGGCGGCAAUUGCGAACAUAUUGCAACCGUCGAGCAAGCAUCAGAAGCCUGUGCUAGACUAUGAGACGCUCACGCUGCUAUCCAACGCCUCGAGAAUCCAGGCGACGCAGGCUUGUGACCAGCUAUCGCGCCGCUUGGGAUCUUCUUCCUCUUCCCGGUGUUCGUCGGCGUCAUCCUCUACCAGCUCCAAGCACAAGCGACGUAGGGUGUUGUCCAAUUCAGCUUCGUCAUCAAAGAUCUCGUCGUCCGGCCAACAGCCGCUCAAGGAUCGCCGGAGAAAGAGCCGCAGCGGCAGCGAAAAACCAAAAGGGGAGAGGAGAACCUCCCCAACCUCGCCGAGACCGACGAGCGUGAAACCCCAUGGCCGCCGGACCGAGAGUGGGUCACGGACACCCACCCCGAAGAGGAUAUCUCUCGUGUCUACUUCUACCUUCAGCACGAAGCUGGGUGAAAUCCCCGAGAGGAAAUGGAGGUCUCGAUAUUCCUAUGACUCGAGCCCAGAGGAGUAUAAUAUCCGGCCUGUCUACCCCUUGAAACCUUACGAGUCUCCCGCAAAAAAGAGGGGGUUCUUCGGCUUGUUUAGAAGCAGAUCGUGAGCACGUCAGAGAGUGAAGGAAGACAAGGGGGCUAGGUGUAGGGCCAGCUAGUAACUAACAGACGGGGUUGUACCACUGGCACUGAAUGGACAUGUUGUUGUUUUGUUUAAAGACAGAAGUCAUGCACGAAGAAUUACAAGAUAGAAUGAGCAGAUGAGCAAUCGCGCGUGGAUUGGCAAUGAGUCACGGAGCUAUAUACAAUGGCAUGGGGUAACAAGAACUUGGCUGAGGAAACGCACUCAAAUACAGGUAGCCCUUAUCUGAAUCUAUUUCUAGGACACUGUAUGUCUUCUACGUGCCAAACUCUCGCCAUUCCUCUCAUUGUCUUUAGAUAUACGCACGGUAUAGCUCACGGAAAGCCGAC